UGGCGCCGCACCUGGAGCGCCGCGCUCCGGGCGGGCGGGGAGAAUGCGCGCCGCCCGCACCUGACCAUGGAGUGCGCCCUGCUACUCGCGUGCGUCCUCUCCGCCGCCGGCUCGGGACCGCCGUGGGCGUCCGUGAGGCUGGGGCGCGUGUUCCAGGCGCUCCAGCUGUGCUGCCUGUGCUGUGCGGCGGGCGCCGCAGCCUUAGCCAGCGACAGCAGCGGCGGCGGAUUGAACGAUGAUUAUGUCUUUGUCAUCCCCGUGGAAGUGGACUCGAGUGGCACCUACAUUUCCCACGACAUUUUGCACAGCGGUCGGACAAAGCGCUGGGCACUGAGCCCCAGCCGCUCCCGGCAUUACCGAUUUUCAGCAUUUGGACAGGAGCUGCACUUGGAGCUGAAGCCAGCGGCAAUCCUGAGCAGUCACUUCAACGUCCAGGUCCUGGGAAAGAACGGCACCCCAGAGCCCCAUGAGCCCCAGGUGCCUCGCUGUUUCUAUCAGGGAUUUAUCCGCAAUGACAGCACCUCCGCCGUUGCCGUGUCUACGUGUGCCGGCCUGUCUGGGCUCAUCAGAACACAGAGACAUGAAUUCCUCAUCUCGCCAUUACCGCCGCGCCUGGCUCAGGAGCACAAUUUCAGCUCUCCUAUGGGCCACCAUCCACAUGUGCUGUACAAACGGACAGCUGAGGAGAGAGUGCAGCGAGGCCACAGCCCCCCGAGUUCUGGCCGCCCCCCAAACCCUGCAUUCCACAUGUCUCUGGAGCCACAGAACCAGCUUCCCCCUCCAAGGUGGCAAAAGCAGCAUUUUUGUGGACGACGCAAGAAAUAUGCCCCCAAGCCACCCACACAGGACACCUAUCUCAGGUUUGAUGAAUAUGGGAGCACAGGAAGACCUAGAAGAUCAGCUGGGAAGACACAAAAGGGCUUAAAUGUGGAAACCCUUGUGGUAGCUGACAAGAAAAUGGUGGAAAAACAUGGCAAAGGCAAUGUCACCACAUACAUUCUCACAGUCAUGAAUAUGGUUUCCAGCCUAUUUAAAGAUGGGACCAUUGGGAGUGAUAUCAACAUUGUUGUAGUAAGUCUCAUUCUUCUGGAGCAAGACCCCGGAGGAUUAUUGAUCAAUCAUCAUGCAGACCAGUCUCUGAAUAGUUUUUGUCAGUGGCAGUCUGCCCUCAUUGGAAAGAAUGGCAAAAGGCAUGACCAUGCCAUCUUACUCACUGGAUUUGAUAUUUGUUCCUGGAAGAAUGAACCAUGUGACACUUUAGGGUUUGCCCCCAUCAAUGGAAUGUGUAGUAAGUACCGAAGUUGUACCAUCAAUGAAGACACAGGUCUCGGCCUGGCCUUCACCAUCGCUCAUGAAUCAGGGCACAACUUUGGUAUGAUUCAUGAUGGGGAAGGCAACCCCUGCAGAAAGGCAGAAGGCAACAUCAUGUCUCCCACUCUGACAGGUAACAAUGGCGUCUUCUCCUGGUCUUCAUGCAGCCGACAGUAUCUCAAGAAAUUCCUCAGUACCCCUCAAGCUGGGUGUCUGGUGGAUGAGCCCAAGCAAACGGGACAAUAUAAAUAUCCGGACAAACUACCAGGACAGAUUUAUGAUGCCGACACACAGUGCAAGUGGCAAUUUGGAGCAAAAGCCAAGUUAUGCAGCCUUGGUUUUGCAAAGGACAUUUGCAAAUCACUUUGGUGCCACCGAGUGGGCCAUAGGUGUGAGACCAAGUUCAUGCCUGCAGCGGAGGGGACCAUGUGUGGCUUGAGCAUGUGGUGCCGGCAAGGCCAGUGUGUGAAGUUGGGUGAGCUGGGGCCCCGGCCCAUUCAUGGCCAGUGGUCUGCCUGGUCCAAUUGGACAGAAUGUUCACGGACAUGUGGUGGAGGAGUCCAGUAUCAAGAGAGACACUGCAAUAGUCCCAGGCCUCAGUAUGGCGGCAGGUUCUGUCCAGGGUUGAGCCGUCUUUACAAGCUGUGUAACACGGACCCUUGCCAUAAAAAUAGCCUGGAUUUCCGAGCCCAGCAGUGUGCAGAAUAUAACACCAAGCCUUUCCGGGGAUGGUUCUAUCAGUGGAAACCUUACACCAAGGUAGAAGUGGAAGACCGGUGUAAACUGUACUGCAAGGCUGAGAACUUUGAAUUUUUUUUUGCCAUGUCUGGCAAGGUGAAGGAUGGAACUCCUUGCUCUCCCCACAAAAAUGAUGUUUGCAUCGAUGGGAUUUGUGAACCAGUGGGAUGUGACCAUGAACUUGGCUCUAAAGCAGUAUUGGAUGCCUGUGGUGUUUGCAAAGGUGAUAAUUCUACAUGCAAGUUCUACAAAGGCCUGUACCUCAACCAGCACAAGGCAAAUGAGUAUUAUCCAGUGGUGACCGUCCCCGCGGGGGCUCGGAGCAUCGAGAUUCAGGAGCUUCAGAUCUCCUCGAGCUACCUGGCUGUUCGGAGCCUCAGCCACAAGUAUUACCUCACAGGAAGCUGGAACAUUGACUGGCCUGGGGAGUUCCCUUUUGCCGGGACCACAUUCGAAUACCAGCGCCCCUACAAUCACCCAGAACGCCUGUCUGCACUGGGACCCACCAACGAGACUCUGGUCUUUGAAAUUCUGAUGCAAGGCAAAAACCCAGGGGUGUCCUGGAAAUACACGCUCCCCAAGGCCGUCAACCGAACACAGCCCACACUGGAGAGACACAUGCACUCCUGGCGUGCCUCGAAGGCCGACUGCUCAGUCUCCUGUGGAGGAGGUUACAUAAGCAUAAAGGCCAUCUGCUUGCGAGAUCAAAAGACGCCAGUCAACUCCUCAUUCUGCAAUCCAAGAACCAAGCCGGCCAUUGAACCUAAAAUAUGCAAUGCUUUCUCCUGCCCUGCUUACUGGAAGCCAGGUGAAUGGAGUGAAUGCAGCAGGUCAUGUGCAGGAGGCCAGCAGAGUCGGAAGAUCCAGUGCAUGCAGAAGCAGCCCUUCCGGCGGGAGGAAGCCGUGGUCCAUUCUCUCUGCCCUGUGAGCACGCCCACUCAGAUGCAAGUCUGCAACACUCACGCCUGCCCCCCGGCAUGGAGCUCUGGGCCCUGGUCACAGUGUUCCAAGACCUGCGGGCGUGGGGUCCGGAAACGGGAGAUCUUGUGCCAGCGGCCCUCCUUGCCAGGGAGCUUGCCAGAGAGCCUGUGUACCGCCAGCCCGCGGCCAGCAUCGCAGGAAGGCUGUGUCCUGCAAAGGUGUCCGAAAAACACCCGGCUGCAGUGGACUGUGUCCUCGUGGAGCCAGUGCUCCACCACCUGCGGUCAAGGGGUGCGGCAGCGGGAACUGCAAUGCAGCGAGAAGGCCUUGCAGGAAAAGCUGCUGAAGUUCCCGGAGCGGAGGUGCCGCCAUGUGAAAAAACCACUGGUGGACUUGCAGGAACCUUGCAGCCGCGGGCCAUGUCCUGCUAGGCCAGCCUACAACGGGGUGGCGGCUGUGUGGUACCCAUCGCCAUGGCAACAGUGCACAGUCACCUGUGGAGGGGGAGUCCAGACAAGAGCUGUCCACUGUGUUCAGCAUGACCGGCCUUCAUUAGGUUGCCCACUUCGACAGAAGCCACCCGUGCUGCGAGCAUGUAAUACCAACUUCUGCCCAGUACCCGGGAAGCGAGAAGAUCCUUCCUGUGUCGAUUUCUUCAGCUGGUGUCCACUGGUUCCUCAACAUGGCGUCUGCAAUCACAAGUUUUAUGGCAAACAAUGCUGCAGGUCAUGCACACGCAAAAGCUGAGCCCUGCAAGCCCCCUUCAUCACUGCCAGGCCAGCGUCCUGCCUGUCCCCUCCAAAGAGCCAGGGCUCUUUGUGUGCUGAGCACCCAAAAACCACUCCCCUGACCCCCAGACCUCCCCAGGAGCAGCUGCUGGUAUUGAGGUGGCAGCUCAACCUCAUCAGCUCCCUGAAGCACA